UCGCCUCCGUUUGGCAUCACAACGGCAAGAGCAUGGCGUUCCCCAAAGUGACUGGAUUUCUAGUAGUAGCUGCGACCCUAAUUGGACUAACCGUUGCGGUAGAUUACUGCGCCCUGCCCACCUGUCUGGACAAGCACGUUGCCUGCAACAACAAAGGAAACUAUAGCACGGAAUGCCCCAAGGAUGUGCGUGAAGUGAAAAUCGAUCCCCAUCACAAACUGAUCCUGACGCUCUUCAACGAACUCCGCAAUAACGUCGCUGGUGGCAGUAUUGAAGGUUUACCCAAAGCCGUUCGUAUGGCAAAGAUGUCCUGGUGCGAGGAGCUCGCCCAUUUAGCGCUCUACAAUGUGAAGACCUGCCUCUCCCUGCCCGACAAAUGCCGCAGCACUGAACGAUUCGCCUAUGCGGGCCAGAACAAUGCCAUCUUCAGCUACAGUGGCGCUGAAUCCGAAUACACCGAUGCUGAAAUAAUAAAGGAACAAAUUGAAAACUGGUUUGCCGAGCGCUCCAACGCCUCUCCCGAGAUCUUGUCCAACUUCCCCGAGGAGCUGCCCAACAAGAACGUGGCCAAGUUCACCAUUUCGGUGGCCGAGAAGAACACCCAUGUGGGCUGCGCUGCCGUUCGAUUCUCUCGCGACUUCUACAAUCACUUCGUACUGACCUGCAACUUCGCCACAACCAACAUCAUUGGUCAGCCCGUCUACACUCCUGGCGAAAAGGCAACCAGUGGCUGCAAGAACCGCUAUGGCGCCGCCUUCGACUACCCCAACCUGUGCUACGCCAAGGAGAUCUACGACAACGAGAAGGUCAUUGCCGACAUCAAGGUGUACUAAAUAAGGCAUACACUUAAAUGGCGAAAAGCCAUAUGACAGAAAUUCCCAUUAUAACAGCAAAAGCCCAAUAAAAUAGCUUCAAUAAAUUUAAAA